AUGGUCCAACUGGUGGGUUCACUCCGAAAAGAGCUGGCCGACUCUCUGUCCUCCUGCCGGGUGCUGGUGGUGGGAGCGGGGGGGAUCGGCUGUGAGCUGCUGAAGAACCUCGUCCUCACUGGCUUCAAAAACAUCGAAGUGAUUGAUUUGGACACCAUUGACGUAAGCAACCUCAACCGGCAGUUUCUCUUUCAGAAGAAACAUGUUGGCAAAUCUAAAGCACAGGUGGCCAAAGAGAGUGCAUUGCAAUUCUGUCCCACAGCAAACAUCACAGCCUAUCAUGACAGCAUCAUGAACCCUGACUACAAUGUGGAGUUCUUCAGAAACUUCAUGCUGGUGAUGAAUGCUCUGGAUAACAGAGCGGCCCGUAACCACGUGAACAGGAUGUGUCUGGCAGCGGACAUCCCGCUGAUAGAGAGUGGCACCGCUGGAUACCUGGGACAAGUCACUGUCAUAAAGAAGGGCCUGACAGAGUGCUAUGAGUGCCAGCCGAAGCCCAGCCAGAAAACCUUCCCAGGAUGCACCAUCAGAAACACGCCGUCUGAGCCCAUCCACUGUAUCGUCUGGGCUAAGUACCUCUUCAAUCAGCUGUUUGGAGAAGAGGAUGCAGACCAGGAGGUGUCACCCGACACGGCAGAUCCAGAGGCUGCCUGGAACCCUGAAGAGGCGGCAGCUCGUGCCACGGCCUCAGAAAAGGACGGGGACAUCAAGCGUGUCUCCACCAAGGAGUGGGCCCGCUCCACAGGAUAUGACUCCAUCAAACUCUUCAACAAGCUCUUCAAAGAUGACAUCAUGUACUUGCUGACCAUGGACAAGCUGUGGAAGAAGAGGAAAGCUCCCCUGCCACUUGACUGGCAGCAACUGGAGAACCAUGCCCGCCCUCAGGAGGACUCUCCAGGUUCAGGAUUAAAGGACCAGCAGGUUCUGGGCAUUUGGGGUUACUGCAAGCUGUUCCAGCACAGUGUGGAGACUCUGCGCUCACAGCUGGAGCAGAAAGGGGAUGGAGCUGAGCUGGUCUGGGACAAAGAUGACCCUCCAGCCAUGGACUUUGUCACCGCAGCCGCCAACCUGCGAAUGCACAUCUUCAGCAUGAACAUGAAGAGCCGCUUUGAUAUCAAGUCCAUGGCAGGUAACAUCAUCCCAGCUAUUGCUACGACCAAUGCUGUCAUCGCUGGACUCAUUGUGCUGGAAGGGCUGAAGAUCCUUUCUGGAGAGCUGGAAUCCUGUCGCUCGAUCUUCCUGAAUAAGUGUCCCAACCUCAGGAAGAAGCUGCUGGUCCCGUGUGUCCUGGACCCUCCCAGUGCCAACUGCUACGUCUGCGCCAGCAAACCUGAAGUCACCGUCAAACUCAACGUCCACAAAAGCAUGGUCGUCUUUCUGCAGGACAAGAUCCUGAAAGAGAGGUUUGGCAUGGUGGCUCCAGAUGUUCAGAUAGAAGACGGAAAAGGAACCAUCCUCAUUUCCUCAGAGGAGGGGGAGACAGAAGCUAACAACAGUAAAUUCCUGUCUGACUUUGGCAUCCGCAAUGGCAGCCGACUCCAAGCUGAUGACUUCCUCCAAGACUACACACUCCUCAUUAAUGUCCUGCACACCGAGGACCUAGAGAAGGACGUGGAGUUUGAGGUUGUGGGUGAUGCUCCAGACAAAGCUCCUCCCCCUCCCAGCAACCAGGAAGAGACUAACAGCAUCACCAACGGCAACAAGGACUCCGCCCAGCCUUCCACCUCCUCUAAAGCUCCGGCAGAGGCAGAUGAUGUCAUGAUCGUGGACUCCGAUGAGGAAGAGGAGGGGGCGUCAUCCUCCAGCUCUGCUGCUGCGGCGACCAGCGGCACCAAGAGGAAGCACCAGGAUGCAGAAACCGGCGAGGCGUCCGCCAAGCGCCCGCGGACCGACCAAUCGAGCGCAGCCGCCGCUGACGAUGAUGACGACGACAUCAUCGCUCUGGACUAGCACCUGUCCCGGUUCCUGAGAGACACAGAACUCUGAUAUUUUUUGUCCUUUUGACUCAAGAUGGUUGGCUAAGAAACCCUCUCUGAUGAAGAACAAUUUGUUCUGGUCCAUUUCUCAUCUUUAUCCCCUUUUCCUACUCUGUGUUUGUGCUUUCAUACUCCCUCAGCUCCGUUCCUGACACAAUGCUGUAAAUAGAUUCUACAUGUAAAAAAAAAAACAACAAAAAAAAAGUUUUGAAAAAUUGCUAGUCCCCUUUUUUGUUAUUUUUGUUCACUUCAGGUCCCUAUAAAAUGCUUCUCUUGAGAUGGUUUAAAAAAAACAUGUUUUUUUGUAUUUUUUUUAUAAGCGUACUGUAUUUUUCAUGCUACGUAAGUCAGGGUGUUUUCUGUGCUUUGUUGUCAGGUUACAGAAGAAAAAAAAAGAUUUAAAAACCAAAAUUUCUUCCUGAGUUUUAAUAUUGAUCUCAGUGUUUUUGAAGGGACUGUAACAGACCUUAAAAGUCUGCGACCAGUGGUACUCUAGCCAGGGUGCCUGCUUUUCUGUGUGCUGUUGUUCACUGUAGCCUACAGACUCCGUUUCUGUCUGUGACUGAAGUUGGUAAAGCACAGAGCCACUGAUGGGGAGUUUGGCCAGACUGUGCCAUGGGCGUUAGUGUGCUACCUCUUUUCUAGGACUAACAUGUUUUGGCUGCAAAUAUGUAACCAUGCCCUCCACAACACCAUCACGGUGAGAUGUCCAGCUUUCUGAAAAUCAACUGUAAAAGAACUCAAAAUUAAAUAAUAAUAAUAAUAAUAAAAACUUACUCAUCCACAGCCAUGGAGCAGCAGAGUCCAGCUGACAUGGUUUUCACUGAAGUUGAAAUUACUGAACGGCGUCCCUCAAAGGCCCUGGUUAGGCACGAGUGGGAGUGAUAGAGGCUUGUUGGACUGACAUGUAAACCUGUUGUAGAAGCUUGUGGGUGAUGUGGCAGUCUGGAGGAGCGCUGGUUCAGUAAAAGACUUGCAGGAUUUGAUAAAGACGGCUCAAACAGAACUGGAGAUGCUGUAGUGUUUUGACCAGAGGCAGUCGCUCUAGUUCUCACCACAGGGGUCAGACUGGAUGGUCUGAAGGUGCUGGGAGCACUGCGAUGGAGUUAUACUGAGGCCUUUAGGAGAUUGCAUUGAGUACUUGGUUCAUUUCAGCUCCUGUUGCCUUCGCCAGUAUAACCCCUGUCUCAGUCUUCAUAAUUUCAUGUUCAUUGUAAUCUGACCUGUUGCUGAAAGGCUGUACGAGCCCGUUGGACCAAUCCGGUGAAGCCAGAAUAAACUCAUUAAGUACA